AUGGGGACUCUGAUUAAUCGGUUUGAUGAGCAUCAUUUUCCUAUGAGGUGUCCUUUCCACAAAUCUCGAUCUCUCUUUGUAUCAGGAGGUACUCUAUCGUUUCUAGUUCCGAAUUCAACUUUUGAAAGUUAUUUGUUUGUGAGGUGA